CUCCGCCUUCUCUCCCACUCGGCUGGCCCGCGAGGAAGUCGCAAGAUGGCUGCUGUCGCUUGGAAGUGAGCUUCUCCUCCGCAACAUGGAGCCGUGAGCCCGGACGACAGCGAGGGAGGCACCAUCGGGCUUUUCGCGUUCUCUUCUUUUACUUUAUUUUCUUUUAAUCCGUCAAACAUCCACCCCAUUCCGCGUCGGAUCCGCCCCGGACUUGGUGUCGGGAGUUGACGCGUCAAAAUCACGCCGGGGACCCUUGCCAGCAGCUAGCCGCACGCACGCAGCUCACACACUCACACAACCCAGAUGCGCGCGCACUCGCUCGCUCGCUCGCGUGCACACAUACGUACACACUUGGCAAAUACAACACGCCGCGAGUUUUAUUGCGCAUCGUCUUUCAGAGCUGGUCACUCAAAUGCGGAAUUUGAACCCGCUUUCGAGCUGACGGCGUGGCCAAUAUUGUCGCUGUCAGUUGAAAGAGUCGCGCUAGCCGCUCGCUUCAAUAUGUCCGCGAAGUGGCCGUCCAGCCCCGCUAACUAGUGCGCAGUCUCGCGUUCGUUGCACGCGUGAGCAUUUCUCCACGUAUUGUGUCGAUAUCGGACACUUUUGGGACACGACCCGACGAGCGACCGCGUCCGAGAGAGCUGGCGAUGGUGCGUUUGGAGCGAGCCCGAAACUGACAACUCCUCGUAGCUCCACCGGCCUUGUGGCUCUCUCGGCAAAACCCACAGAGAUGGUGGACGCGGCGCUGCCAACGAGCGCCUAAAAAAAAUCGGAAAAGCGUAAUUGUUUGGUCGUGCGGAGGGGGGGUUGACGAAAGUCGUCAAGCACAACCGGGCGGCGAUCGCGCAUGAUCGGUCGCCUGACUCGUUGGGGUGUCGCCAAAGCGGACCACUUGUCACUCAGUCUUUGGGCAGACGGUUAGCUCGCAGUUAGCUAGCUCGUCUCGCCCCUCGCCCCGUUCCAAUCACGGCGUACCGAACGUAUUCCGAGCCCGCUCCCGGACACACGCACCGGCUCAACACCACCGUCAUGGGCGUGCAGGGCUUCCAGGAGUAUCUGGAGAAGCGCUGCCCCGGCGCCGCGGUGCCCGUGGACCUGCUCAAGCUCGCCCGGACCGCGGCCCGCCAGCCCCCGCACCCGCACCCGCACCAUCAUCCGCACCACCCUCACCACCCGGGGCCCAUGCCUCCCCCGCCCCCGCCCGCCAGGAUCUUGGUGGACGCCGACUCCGGCCUGCAGCGCCUCUACGGCGGCUACCAGACGGACUGGGUGUGCGGCGGCCAGUGGAACGCCAUGCUGGGCUACCUGGCCGCCCUGUCGCAGGCCUGCCUCUUCCAGGGCGGCCUGGAGCUGGUGGUGGUCUUCAACGGCACGCUGGGCAAGGAGCGCUGGCCGGAGUGGGCGCGGCGAGCUCAGGGCCAGCGACAGACGGCGCAGCUCAUCGUCAACCACGUCGGCGGCAAGGCGACCCCGCCUCCCCGGGCUUGGUUCCUGCCCCCGGCCUGUCUCAGCCACUGCGUCCGCCUCGCCAUGUUCCGCUUCCGAGUGCGGGUUGUGCAGACUUUGGAGGAUCAUCACCAGGAAGUGCUGUCCCUCUACAGGGACUACGGAUUCUGCGGCCUGAUCGCUCAGGAUUCGGAGUUUGCGCUGUGCAACGUGCCCGCCUAUUUCUCCUCGCACGCCCUCAAGCUGAGCUGGAACGGCAAAAACCUGACCACGCACCAGUACCUGCUGUCCGAAGCCGCCAGGCAGCUGGGGCUGAAGACUCAGCAUCUGCCCUGCUUUGCUGCUCUGCUGGGAAAUCAUAUUCUGCCUGAUGAAGACCUGGCUGCCUUCCACUGGAGCCUGCUGGGACCAGAACACCCACUAGCAUCCCUCAAGGUGCGAGCCCAUCAGUUGGUGCUGCCGCCCUGCGAAGUGGUGAUCAAGGCCGUGUCUGAGUACGUCUCCUCCAUCAAAGACCUGGGCAACCUGGACGCCAUCGCCAGAGAUGUCUUCAAACAGUCACCGUCUCGCAUGGAGGACAAGGUUGAUCGCUUCAAGAAGGCCGUGGACUAUUUCUCAGCGGCCUCCAAGCCGCGAUCGCCAAACGUGGGACCUCCCGCUUUCAUUUUACCUGGGUUUGGGCCCACUCCGUUUGGGGGACCAUCUUGCCACAUGGGACUGAUGCAUCCAGGAAAAAAUCAGUUCCCCCCUCCACAGGUGGCCGGCUUCAAACCGCCUUUUGCAAACGCUCCAUUUGGACCCGGCUCCGCCCCCCUGUUCCACAACCCGCCGCCGCCGUCGCAAGAGUGCAACGAUUCGCCCACAGCAAAGAUGGGCUUUUCCGAUUGGUCGGCGCCAUACGAUUCCUCUCAGGGCGGAGGGCGUUUGCCCAAUCACCACGCGGGCCCUCAGUCGGGCGCUUCUCCGUCACCUUCCUCGUCAUCGGAUGGAGACGAACCCAAUGACAACAAUGCAAACCAUUUGACAGACAAGUCAUCCCGAUGGGAGGACGCCGGCGGAAGGGAGCGCUCGGCCUCCGGAGACGCUUCCCAAGGCAACGGGAGCGGCUCGAGCAUUCCGUCGCUGCUUUCUAUGGCGACUCGCAGUCACAUGGACAUCACCACACCCCCUCUGCCUCAGGUUAGUGCCGAGGUGCUUCGUGUAGCUGAACACAGACACCGAAGGGGGCUGAUGUACCCGCAGAUUUACCACAUCUUGACCAAGGGAGAGAUGAAAAUGCCCGUUUGCAUCGAAGACGAGUGUAACGCCGAGCUGCCCCCCGCCUCCCUGCUUUUCCGCGCCGCCAGACAGUACGCCUACGGCGUCCUCUUCAGUUUGGCCGAAACGCAGCGGCGGCUGGAAAGACUCGCCCUGCGCAAGCGAGCUCCCUUGGAAGGUUGGGGCUGGGAUGGUCAAGUAUUCGGAGUUCCUCCGGUGAUCGUCAAAGAGUGGAGCAGCGGCAAAGCCAAGUCGGCUCUGACUCCGGAACUGAUCCCGGCGCUGUGUUUCCGGGAGUGGACCUGCCCCAACCUGCGCCGCCUGUGGUUGGGUCGCGCCAGCGAGGACCGCUCCAGGAGAACACGGGCCUUCCUGGCCUGCCUGCGCUCCGACUGCCCGGCCCUCCUCAACCCGGCGCAGGUCCCACAGCAUCUGCUGCUCAUGUGUUGCGUGCUCAGGUAUAUGAUGCAGUGGCCUGGAGGAAGGAUCCUUCAGAGGAAUGAGCUGGAUGCCUUCUUGGCCCAGGCCGUUUCCAACCAGCUCUACGAACCCGACCAGCUGCAGGAGCUGAAGGUGGAGAAGGUGGACGCCCGCGGCGUGCAGCUGGCGGCUCUCUUCAUGGCCGGCGUGGACACGGCGCUCUUCAUCAACGACGUGUGCGGCCAGCCGCUGCCGUGGGAGCACUGCUGCCCGUGGGGCUUCUUUGACGGCAAACUGUUCCAGAGCAAGCUGGCCCGCGCCACCCGCGACCGCGCCGCCCUGCUCGACAUGUGCGAAGGCCAGGAGGAGCUGGUAUCCAAAGUGGAGAAGAUGCGUCAGGCCAUCCUGGAGGGCAUCAAUCUGUCUCGUCCACCUCCUCCGCCUCCCCCUCUGCCGCCCCCUGCCUUCUUGCCGCCCGCUAUGGUGCCCCCCUUCUACCCCAUGCCCCCCCUCUACCCGCCCCGCCCCAUGGGCGGCAUGCCUCCUCAUCAUCCGCACCACCCUGCCCAGCACAGACCCAGAGCCUUCCCAGGCAUCCAGUCGAUCCCCCCUCAGGGAGGAAAGUUGGAGAUUGCCGGCAUGGUUGUCGGCCAGUGGGCUGGGAACAAACCCAUCCGCAGCAGAGGCGGCUUCAACAUGCAGGUGGUUUCGGUCGGAGCCGGCAAAGGGAGGGGUAAAGAGAUCCCAGCCAAGCUGAGGGGAGGCAAAAAAGGAAGCGGCAACAGAACGCAGACAUCGUCGCCCCCUCCGCCCAACAGUCCCCCCAAGCCCUCGGAGGAGGCGGGCUCGGCGCCGGAGGUCGUCGCUCGGCAGCUGAACGGCAGCUCGCCGGCCCCCCUGGCCCAGCCCAUCCAGUGUGCCUUAGCCAGCAGAGACAACCAAUCAGAGGGGGUGCAAGCCGAGGGCCCCCGUUGCCUUGACGACUGCCCGUCGGACGGAGCGUUACGGAAGGAGGAGUGACGGACGGCGUCCGCGGAGAGCGUUUGUGUUUGACUGCCUUUCCCCCCCCGUCUUUGUAGCCCCUCCUACCGACCGUCGCGUCAUCGCACGGAGCGGCCGCGAGCGCGUCCGCCGCUCCGUGCGAUGCGUCCCAACGGUUGGCCCAUUUUUAGUUUUCUCAUGUCGUUUUAUAUUGUUGGGGUUUUGGGGUUUUUUUGAGAGAAAGAGAGAGCGAGAUCUUCUCCAUGAGCCUGUAAGCACCCCGCCCCUCCAAAGAUGCCCCCCCCCCCCCUCCCGCACACAAACUCCAAGAGGUUCUGCC